AUGACGGAUGCUGCUAGUUUAUCAGUGUCACAGAUAGAAGAAUUGAUUCAAAAAAAGAUAGAUGCUUCUAGUAUUCAGUUGUUACGCCAAAUAAUUGAAGAUGUGGGCGAAAUAAAAUGCACACUUGACAAACUAGAAAGCAAGUUUGAUGACUUUGCUACAGAUAAUUCUGAUAAUAUGAAGACUGAGAUCGACAGCACAACGGUCGAAAGCACCCCAUCCGAUACAUUAAGUCCAGUUGCUACUACACAGGGAUCAUCUAUACCUGGUGGAAGUAAAAUCUUUGUACCAGAGAAGAGUUUCAGGAAUUUAGAGGCCGAGUACAAUCUUGCAAUAAGGCUAAACGCUACCAGAAGGAGUUUUGGAUUCAAAGCUGAACCAGUUCCGUUUUUAAAAAGUGGUGAAAAAGCCGAUUAUCUAAAGGAAGUUUUACCACCAAUUAAUUCAGUCGAAGAAAUUGAUAGGAUAAGCAAGGAUCAAUGCGAAAAGUAUUUAGAAUUGUAUCAUGUGUUCCAUGAUGAGGAGACUCUGGACAAAUGGAAACAUAGUUUACGGAAAGCAUUGGGGAUAAGUAGUUGGGGAGACUCUAGUUUUUGUUUUUCUAAAUUUAAGUAG